GACUUUAAUCCGGAAGUUUACCCCUGGCCCGGCCGAUAGCAGUGGAGCGAUGGCGGGGGACCCUUCAACGGAGCUUCUUUUUCUGGAUACGUUUAAGCAUCAGAGUGCAGAGUUAACCAACAUAGACGUGGUGCGGUUUCCUUGCGGGGUGCUGAUCACAGAGGUGCGGGUCAUUCCUCCAGGGAUCAAAGCUCAUAGUAACCUACCUGACAGCAGAGCGUUUGGAGAGACUUCUCCUCAUGCCUUCCAGUUGGAGCUGUUCUUCAAUAAUGUUACCAAACCCAACAGCCCCACCUUCCACAGACUGGGCAGUUUGGAAUAUGAUGAAAACAAGUCCAUUGUGUUCAGACCCAGCGGAAAGGUGAAUACAGAUGGCCUAGUGUUGCGUGGCUGGUACACAACUCUGACUGUUGCGGUGUACGGGACAGCGGAGCGGCCGCAUGGACACGACCAAGACUCACCUCCUCCCCCUCCACCACCACCCCCUCAACAGCCCAGUGGGCUCAAGAGGAUCCUUAAACAAGAGUGGGAAAAAGAUGACCAGUACAAUGGCAGCCCACCAAGACCAGCACCCAGAGGGCCUCGCACCCCACCUGGUCCUCCACCCCCGGAUGAUGAUGAUGAGGAGCAGGUUCAAAUGACGGUGGGCGUGGCCAAGGAAGAGCCGACCGAGGGCCGUGACGACUACCUGGAGAACGUGUCGCCUGAAAGAUCGCUGCCCGCUGACGAGACGUACUCGGAUGCUGAACAAGAAGAAGAGGCCGAGGAGGAGGAGGAAGAGGAGGAGCAGGAGGAGGAAGAAGAUACACGGACUGAGGGGAGUGCGCCGGAGGAGGAGGAUGAAGAAGAGGAGGAGGAGGAUGAGGGUGAGGACGAGGAAGAGGAGAUGGAGGAAGAUAAUGAUGGCUAUGAACAGAUUUCCAGCGAUGAGGACGAUCUGGAUAACGGCAGCUUCAAGUUGCAGAACUUUGACAUGGACUACACUCCUGAGGAUCUUGCAUCUGUUCCACCGGUCCAGUACGACCCAUAUGAACGAGAACUCCGACCCUUGCUCUACUUCACGCCUCCAUACAAAACUCGCUUUGAUAUACAGUUUGAGAAGGCCACUGUGGAGGAGCCCAAGGAGGCAGGUGGAGCAGAAGGACCAGCAGGAGGAGAGGAAGCUGAGGCUGUGGCUCAGCUGAAAGAACUCUUAGCUAGUAUUGGUGAUGACAGAGAUGCACGAUGGGUCAGUGCUCUGGAAGAGGCUCCUGGACUUCUGGCCAAAGGGUUGGCUUAUUUAGUUAAAAGGGGAGAGGGAGAGAUAGAGGACUCUGUUAGAGUUUUAGUCCAGUGGACUCUCCAAGCUCUCAGUAUGGAGGUUGCUCUCAAACAGCCCAUUGCCCUUAACCUCAGACAGCUGAAGGCUGGUGCUAAGCUAGCUUCAUACCUGGCAGAGUGUCCUCAGGGUCUCACGAUGCUGCUGCAUGAAGGGGUUCUGAAUGUGCUGCUGGAGCUGCUCCAUACAGACCACGUCUCCUCCACACUGAAGCUGAGUAUCCUAAGAGCUUUGGAUGCUCUGAUCAGCGCUCCUGCAGGGGUGGAGGCCUUCCUACAUGCAGGAAAUUCAGAGAAGAGUGGCUACCAGCGUCUGGUCCAGCUGUUCCUGCAUGAGGAAACGGUGAGGGUCAUAACAGCUGGAAAUGCUAUAUUACAGAAAAGCCACAUGUAUGAGGUGCUGGUUGACCUACAGCAUGCAGCAGCUGCAUUGAGUGAACCACAACAGGAGGAGAUGGAUGAUGCAGAGAGCCCUAUGGAAGAGGAGCCUUCGCUAAGCUCCACCGCUCUGAGUGAGGCAGAGCUCGAUAGGUUGGCAGGUGCUUUGGAAGAGCUACAUCACCUGCUAGAAACAGCCCCUCAUUGCAUGGUGCAACCUCCUGGGAAAGCCUUCCCCACUACUGCUAGAAUUACAGGGCCACAGGAGAGGGACAACCCCUACCCAUCACUGUAUAGGUAUAUGCAUGCAUGUCAUUUUCUGGAGAGCACAACGGUGGUGUUGUCAGCAGCUGCUGCAGCCGGCCAUCUUGGGGUCACUCAAGCCGUCAGAGAGCUUCUGCGCUUCCUGUCGCUCACCCAGUCGGGUCUGCUCUUCCUUCUCGCCCAGCCCACACCCACCAACCUGCUGCUGCGCCUCCUGGCGUCGAUGGCAGAGUCCGAGGCAGAGGAGAGCAUGUGUACUGGGGGAGAAGCGGGUCUGAUUGGGCCAGGGUGCGGUGAAGAGGGCUUUGGCGUGUGGCUGAUACAGGCCCUGCAUGCUCUGCAAGGCGUGUCAGAACUCAUGAGCCAUGUGGCUACAGGAGGAGACGGUGGUGCAGGCCUAGAUGAAGGUGACAAUCCAGAUAUACUGGGCACGCUCCAUGCGCUUUACCUGAUGACCUUUACGCAGACUGGACGCAGCGCCGUAGCUCAUGUUUUCAGCCUGGAUAACAACCUUUCCUGUCUGGUCACGCUGCUCCAGCACCACAGCAAGGACGGACAGGGUGAGGGGAAGGCUCGCAAAGCGGUGACAUAUAACUACGCCUGCAUGCUGGUCUUACUGGUGGUGCAGAAUUCUAAUGAGCUGCGGAUGAUGGAACAAUAUGCCGCUCCGCUGCUCUCUAUAGCCAAGGCUGAUGACACCAAUGCCAAGUUACAGGAGCUCAGUAAAUGGUUGGAGCCAGUGGAGAAGCUUCGCUUUGAGAUUGGCAGCAUUCCCACCCUUAUCGACUAUAUCAAACAGAAUGUAGAAAAUGUGUUAACUGCUGAGGGAACCGGGCUGGUCACUGCUCUGAGGGUCCUCUGUCACAUCGCUUGCCCACCUCCUGCUGUAGAAGGUCAGCAGAGGGAUCUGAAGUGGAGCCUUGCAGGAGUCCAGCUUUUCUCUGGGGAGGGUCUCGAUACGUGUGUGCGUGUCCUGCAGAAGCUAUGCAGCGUGUUACUGCAGCCGUGGCGCGUGCACGGACACAUGGGUCCGACGCCGCAGCGCUGCAUGAUCCUCAGUAUAUGUAUCAGCACGCUGCGGUUGCUUCGCACCAUGCUCACCGAGCUGCUGCGCGGCGGAGCUUUCCAGUUCAGGGACACUCGCGUGGCCAGCGUGUUGGUGACGCUUCACAUGAUAGUGUGCUCCAUUCCUGCUUCUGGGCGUCUCGAUGGGGAGGAGACCAGAGUGCAAGUGCUCAUUGUUGACGUCCUGCUCACCUUUACGCAGGGUGUUAAUGAGGAGGUGACCCAUACAGAAGAGACUCUGGCCAGCAACACGUGGUCUCUGAUGCUAAAGGAGGUUUUGAGCUCUCUUCUCAAAGCUUCUGAAGGCCUUUUCUCUGGUCUGACGCUGCUGUCUGAGCUUCUGCCUCUUCCACUGCCAAUGCAUAGCACUCAGGUGACAUCAGUCCAAGAUGUGGCUGUAGCCUUAAACACAAGGAAGCUGUGGAGCAUGCACAUUCGCGCACAGUGGAAAGUGUUUUCCGAGGCAUUCAAAUGUGUGUGCACCACCACCUGCCCUCCUCUCCUGGCCAUACUCAGGAGAGUGUGCGUUCAGCUGGCAGACUUGUCUUCACCCACUGCAACACACAUCAUGAAGACCCUGCUGGAGCUCCUGCUGGAGGAGCUGCAGCCGGCAGAGGGAAAAAGCGUCUCCUGGGCCCAGGUCCUGCGGCUCCUUUCUUUGAUGGAUACUCUGGUGUCUCAGAGAGCCUGUAAGAGCGCAACACUGCAUCUGCUGUCCGGGUCAGUUUCUGGAGAUGAACAGCUGGCCGACCUGUUCCCCUUGUUGUUGUCUCUGUUGGUUCCUCCAACGGAUCACUCCAUACAUCAGCAGCAGUGCAGUGUACUAGUGGGGACAAUAUUACAGUCACUGUGUGACCAGGACAUUUCUCUCGUGGUGUCUCCACCUGGUGAAAGCUGUGUGUCAGAGGCUGAGCAGCUGGCCAAUGCACUUCCGGGACGAGAGAUGAUGUCAUCGGUGUGCAGUUCUCUGUUGGAGGUUUUGGGGAAUGCAGAGAGCAGCGUGCCCCUCCUCCUCACCUGCAUCAGGACUUUGACAUUCCUCACAGAGCACGACUACGGACUCUACCACCUCAAAGUUGCUCUGAAGAAACAUGGCGCUGGGCUGUGCUCGCUGCUGAAGAGGCUGGUGUUGUCCUUCAACAAAGACUCAGCAGAUCUGCUCUCAUCUCUGCUCGACUUUCUCAGGCAGAUCCUCCACACAGAACCAAUGUGUGCUGAAGAGGGUCACGGCUCGAGCGAGGAUCCUGCUUUUGUUCCUCCACGGUUGCUGUCGGGCUCUGAAAUGAAAGCUCUGCUCCAGUGGGAGGAGUCAGAGUCACAUCCAAUACCUGCUUUGGAAAAACAGAUAGCGAAACUAUGUAAAGAUGACGAUUCCCUGGAGACCAUGUUGGAGAACGUGAUUGCUCUGAGGCAGACGUUGCAGGCGGCCACAGACACGCCUCCUGCAGCUGACACCGAGCCCACUCUGCCAGCACCAGAAACACUCGGGGCCCAGUUUAAUCACAGGACGGUUUUCAUUCUGUCUGAAGCUCUGGAUGAGCAGCUGAAGGCUCUGUGGUUCUCUCCGUUCCAGACUGAUGACAUUGAAACAGACCUUGAUAUGGUGAAGGUGGAUCUGGUGGGUCUGGCUCAGGAGUGUUGUCCAGAACUGGACCUGAAGGCGGAGCUGGAGCGCUCCUUCUUGUCUGAGCCGUCCUCUCCGGGUCACACAAAACCUACGAAAGGCUUCCGGCUGGGCAAACACAAACAUGAGACGUUCAUUACGUCUAGCGGGAAGUCUGACUACGUCGAGCCUGCAAAGAGAGCUCACAUCAUGGCUGCUCCUCGUGGCCGAGGAGGUCGAGGAGGGUUUGGGCAGAAUGUCUCCCGACCGCAUGAUAUCUUCCGCCUGCGCAAACAGAAUACUUCCCGUCCUCCCAGCAUGCACGUGGAUGACUUUGUUGCAGCGGAGUUUAAAGACAUUACGACCCCUCUAGGGCUUCUGCCUCCUAAACGACCUCCAAAAAGCGCCCCCAAACCUCCCACCAGAGGGCUGUUCACUGGUAACAGAGGCAGAGCUACUUUCCACAGCCAGACUCGCUUUUUCACUCCACCACAGCCUAAAGGUGUACUGCUGUCAGGAAACUACACUCGGAGAGAAGGAGGCCGAGGGUCAUCGUGGAGCGGUCAGGUUCCAGCUGUUACUCACAGAGGGACCUACAGUGAACCCCGCGGAGGACAGAGCAACUUCACUCGAGGGCCACUGCCUUCUCGGCAAUCCCCUGCAAGUGUUAUAGGGGGAAAAAAAAGUUUGAUUCACUCGUUCCACACUUCAGGUGCGUAUCGGCUGGCUCUUCGGGAUCGAGCUCCACGCGGCAGAGGAGGUACUGGCCUGUCGUGGAUUAGCGGCGGAGGAGGUGGCGGUGGUGCCGGGGGAGGCGUCGGUGGAGGCGGUGGAGGGGGAAGAGGAUCUCAGGGGAGCAAGUUCAGCGGUGGAGGAGGGAGCGGAGGUGGGAGGGGCAGACAUGUUCGCUCCUUCACCAGGUAAAUCCUCCUGGACAAUGACUGCAGCCUCUCACGGCAACAGAAGGGCCAAUCAGGAUAUUAUAUAUGCUGUCUCCAUGGAAACGUGGUGGUAUGAUGUUGUCACAAAUAAUGUACAGACUGUGUUGAUGUUUUCAGUUUUGUUAUUAUUAGCUGUAUUCAGAAAAUAAAAGUGACAGCAAAA